AUCGCCAUUAGGGGGCCGCGUGCAAAGAGCCAAGCUCCUGGCGUAUACCAGCUACACUAGUUCUUCCUCCCAUUCAUGUCCCACAGAUUCGCGAGGAAGGGGUGCUGGGUCUUGUAUAUAACCUCGGCGUUGGCCCCCCAAAGUCGAUGCCUCCUGAUCUUUCCCAGCAAGCUGCUCAUGUUUGUUCUUUUGGGGCCUUCUUUUCCAGUUCUGUGAACUUUCGUUUCGUUUCGCCGCUCAUUCACUUUGAUCUACAUUCCCUCUAACCGCGAGGUCGGUUUUUCGAUUCGUUCGACGUUGAGUUUACACAUUCUACGAUCUCUCUACGAGCCGGUUUCGUCAUCAUGUACUCCAAGCUCUCAGUCAUUGCCGCCCUGGUGGCUCUCGUCGAGGCCCGGUUUGGGCAGGAAGGCCUCGUCCAGAGCAAGAUCUCUGCCCUGAGCAACUUCGGAAACCCUGGGCAGGCCGCCACGCUUGCUGGUGCCAGCCCCGGCGUGCUUCUUGCUGGUGCCAAUGCUUGCGCUAAGCUCGAACUCGCCGAUCAGAUCGUCUCGGAGCUCGGAAACGACCCCGAGGUCAUUGCUGCCGCUGCCGCCCUGGUUGCCGCGGAGAAGAACUUCAACCCAUUCGUCACCUCCAUUCCUACCAUUUGCUCCGAUCCCAAUCUCCCCGCUACCCCGGAGCUCCGUGGCAUUGUUCCUCUUGUCGAUCCGGCUGUCGUUGGUUCGGACAUUGAGAAUGCCAACUCGGCCACCUCCCUGACCAAUCCCUUCAAUGCCGAUGGCCUCAGCCAGGCGGAUGUCGCCAUAGCCAACGGUUUCUCCAACUUCACUGCCCAAGCUUCUGACGGGUCUACUACUGGCGGAAACGCUGGCGGCAACAACGGCAACAACAACGGCAACAACAACGGCAACAAUAACGGCAACAACAACGGGAACAACGACGGCAACAACGGCAACAACGGCAACAACGGGAACAAUAAUGGCAACGGAAAUGCCAACAACGGCAAUAACAAUGGUAACGGCGGUACUACCCGCUGCGGUCGCAACAGAAACAACAAAAACAGAAACGGCAACAACGGGAACAAUAAUGGCAACAAUGGCAACGGAAAUGCCAACAACGGCAAUAACAACGGCAACAACGGCGGCAACGGCGGCAACGGCGGCAACAACAACAGCACCGCCACCGAUUUCGGUUCCUGCGACCCGACCAUGAAGUUCGAGGGCGGCCUCGGGGGACGUCCGGCCGAUGAGUUCACGUUCCAGUCCAACGACCCGCAGAUCGCGGCCAACCAGCAGGAGGCCCUCAACCCCAACAUCAUCACGAACCGCAUCUGCGACGAGCUGACCAACAUCUGCGGCGCCAACGACGCCGCCAAGGCCGUCUGCAGGGACGCCCAGGCCCAGAUCCAGGCGCUCGGCACGCGCGACGCCACGACGGCGGAGACGUGGAACCGCUUGCUGGGGUUCUGAUGUGGUGGUUUAAAAAGGGGGAGUACACCUCUGUAAGAGGAGAGGUUGCUACCGUGGGCGAUUUUGUUGCGAUUGAUGAAGGAUGCGUGUCGUUGAGACUUGACAACGCGCGCGACGA